GGCUCCGGAGCCGAGCCGGGCCGGGCGGGCCGGGAGGAGGAGGAGGAGGAGGAGGAGCCGGGCGGGCUGGCGGGCGGCCGGGCGGCGGCAUGGCGGAGCCGAGUGGGGCUGAGACGAGGCCCCAGAUUCGGGUCACCGUCAAGACCCCCAAGGACAAGGAGGAGAUCGUGAUCUGCGAUCAAGCCUCGGUCAAGGAGUUCAAGGAGGAAAUCUCCCGGCGGUUUAAGGCUCAGCAGGAUCAGCUGGUCCUGAUCUUCGCAGGCAAGAUCCUCAAGGAUGGAGACACACUGAACCAGCAUGGGAUCAAGGACGGGCUCACAGUGCACCUGGUCAUCAAAACCCCUCAGAAGGCUCAAGAUCCAGUGACGGCUGCUGCUUCUCCCCCAUCCACUCCUGACUCUGCCUCUGCACCCUCCACCACACCUGCCUCACCUGCUGCCCCUGUCCAGCCCUGCGGCUCUGGCAAUACCACUUCAGAUGCUGGCAGUGGAGGGGGGCCCUCUCCAGUGGCUUCAGAGGGCCCCUCGAGUGCUACUGCAUCGAUCCUCUCUGGCUUUGGGGGCAUCCUGGGCCUGGGCAGCCUGGGCCUGGGCUCCGCCAACUUUAUGGAGCUACAGCAACAGAUGCAGAGACAGCUCAUGUCCAAUCCUGAGAUGCUGUCGCAGAUCAUGGGGAACCCCUUGGUCCAGGAUAUGAUGUCAAACCCUGACCUGAUGCGCCACAUGAUCAUGGCUAACCCCCAGAUGCAACAGCUGAUGGAGAGGAACCCCGAGAUCAGCCACAUGCUCAACAACCCGGAGCUCAUGAGGCAGACAAUGGAGCUUGCUCGUAACCCAGCCAUGAUGCAAGAAAUGAUGCGGAACCAAGACCGGGCCCUCAGCAACCUGGAGAGUGUCCCGGGAGGGUACAAUGCCCUCCGCCGCAUGUACACGGACAUCCAGGAGCCCAUGUUCACUGCUGCUCGGGAACAGUUUGGCAACAAUCCCUUCUCUUCCCUGGCCGGGAACUCCGACAACUCAUCCUCCCAACCUCUUCGGACUGAGAAUCGAGAGCCCCUCCCUAACCCCUGGAGCCCCUCGCCCCCCACCUCCCAGGCCCCCGGGUCCGGUGGGGAGGGCACCGGAGGAUCGGGGACCAGCCAGGUGCACCCGACAGUCUCGAACCCCUUUGGGAUCAAUGCGGCUAGCCUGGGGUCAGGGAUGUUCAACAGCCCAGAAAUGCAGGCGCUCCUCCAGCAGAUUUCUGAAAACCCGCAGCUGAUGCAGAAUGUCAUCUCAGCCCCUUACAUGCGUACCAUGAUGCAGACGCUCGCCCAGAACCCUGACUUUGCUGCUCAGAUGAUGGUGAAUGUGCCGCUGUUUGCAGGGAAUCCACAACUUCAGGAGCAGCUCCGCCUGCAGCUCCCUGUAUUUCUGCAGCAGAUGCAGAACCCAGAGUCUCUCUCCAUCCUCACCAAUCCCCGGGCCAUGCAGGCCUUGCUGCAGAUCCAGCAGGGACUACAGACCCUUCAGACUGAAGCCCCUGGGCUGGUACCCAGCCUUGGCUCCUUUGGGACACCCCGGACCUCAGUACCUCUGGCAGGCAGCAACUCUGGAUCUUCGGCUGAGGCCCCCACUUCUUCCCCGGGCAUGCCAGCCACAUCUCCUCCCAGUACGGGUUCCAAUGCCCAGCAACAACUCAUGCAGCAGAUGAUCCAGUUUUUGUCUGGAAGUGGGAACUCCCAGGUGCCAAUGCCAGAAGUGAGAUUUCAACAGCAGCUGGAACAACUCAACUCCAUGGGCUUUAUCAACCGUGAGGCCAACCUACAGGCCCUAAUCGCCACAGGAGGGGACAUCAAUGCCGCUAUUGAAAGACUCCUGGGCUCCCAGCUCUCCUGAUCCCUUGGCCCGUGCCUCCUGCCUUCCCCACCUCUCAGUGCCAGCCUUUGGCUCCUCUGUCAAGCCCUACCUUCCAUGACCUGUCUUCUUUGACCCCUAUGAACAGAACAGCAGGGUGACUUCCAAGGCGUGUGCCCAACCCAAAGCCCUGUCCAAGGAUUUUGAUUUGUUUGCUGUCUCAUGAAAUCUCUCCUGGUCGUCUUGGAGCAGAGCUAUCUAGUGUGCACAGUGUGUCAGUUGGCCACACCUCCUUACCCACAAGUACCUUGGCAACAUGCAUUCUUCUCCAAGGGACUGAGAGGAGGACCCCACCUGGUUAACCGGAAGUCUUCCAUCGGUAUCACUAGAGUUUAGCUUGCCUUACAUGACUUCUACUUUCCUCCUCUCUCCCUCACCUCAGCCCAAUCAGUUUGAAUUUCACUCUUUGGCCAGGUGCUGGUGAAACUUUUUCUCUACCCCUAUACUGGUUCAUCCAGCACUUUUUCGUGGGCUCCCUUUGGAACUCUGAGGCAGGGGAGAAAAGACACCUGUCCUCGUCCUGUCUGAAGGGAGCAGUGAGUGGGCACUCUGGGCAAGAUUAUCAAGAUCAAACAAGACCAGUGGGGACUGGUGCUCCAGAACAACCGCUGAGAGGUCUCGGAAGCAGGAGCUGGGCAGACAGCCUGAGCAGAGGGCUUGGAAGUCAGGAGUUGACAGAGUCUAGGAAGACCAAUAGAUUUCAUGGUGGAGAAGCCAGGCUCAGGCCUGUCAGAAGAGAGACCAAUGGACUUUGAACCGAAGAAAGGAGCUCAACAAAGCUGAACCGUGUGACCCACAAGGAACCAGAUUAGCUCCAUUGUUCCCAAACAUACGUGCGUUCACAUGCAUAUUCCCAUGAGCCCAGGCUUCAAACUCCGGUAUUCUGACCCCCUCCCCCUUCCAGAAGAUCUGACUGGGUUUCUUGGCAUUGUAGAAAAUCUGUAUAUGCGCAUACAUGCAAGCUGCUGAGGUGUGUGAUCUUUGUUGGUUUCUGGUUCACAACUUUGUCAGCAGAGAGGAGUGGAUACAAGGGCCAAUCUAGUGGAAGAAUAGCAUUGAGGGAGCUGGGUCCCCAGGCCUCUGUGUAUUGGGUAACCAGAAAACAUUGAGUAAUUCUAGUGCUAAUGGCUCUGAGUGGUACCCUGGCCACCAUUGCUUCCUUGGUGAAAUAGUAGUGAGGUUUCUCCUCCAGAGCUCCCGCCUUUUGUGCUUUGCCGGUUCUGUCUAAGAAAGUUCCAUUUGAGGAGAGGUGAGGGGCAGAUGCCUUUGGUAUGGAAUAGGGCUUUGCUCAACUGGAGUACCGAGGAAACCACACCACAUUGUCUCCGCUGUGUGGUCCAGGUUAUGAAGGACCCCUGGCUGAGAGACAGAGGUAAGAAAAGGCAUCCUGCUGUAGGGAAGGGUCCCAGGCAGUCCAGACAUGCCUUCCCCUCUCUCUCCCAACACCCACCCUGGCCUUUGUAAAUAAAUAAUGUGAUUUUUGUUGUGAGAUUA